CGUCGCACAACGUGUGUCGAACGGCCAGAAGCAGGACGUCGCAGCGAAGAAUGUUGCCCCUUUCUCGAAAGCGGAUGUCGCGAACGAAUCUGAAAUGGCAAAGGUUCGGAUCGGCAGGGUGCAAUUCGUGGUCUGUUGAUCAUGCCGCGCAACCCUGCCGAAGUGGACUUCGACAGCGGCCUUCACGGGAGUGGAUAAUAAAUCCGGGAAACAACGAAAGAUCGCUGCCAAAGAAUCUGUACAAUAACAGCCCAGGAGGCCAAUGCAGAAUCCCUGCAACCAAACACACGGACUUUUGGUCACAGUUCGGUGUCAAAGUCCAAAGGACUCCAGGCAAGCCAAUGGCGGCCUCAAGCCUUUGACAGCUGGUCAAGGUGAGUUGCAGAACCAGGACUGCACCAGCCCUAUGAUGAUGUUCAAAAGGAGAUUUUCUCCAGGGACGCCGUCGUCAAGAUCAAAAGUGUGGGGCCGCUUAAUGGAAUUUGAGACGAGAAGCGGUAAUUCUUGGCUUUCUUCAUUGAUGACGUUUGCAAAAGUGGUUCGUGCAAUACCACGUUGUGUCGCCCCACCCACCGAGCUUGAUCUGGCCAUGAAGUUUCCGGUUUACCACAGUAAACAACACCAUCAGCAAGAUGUCCCGGCACGAAAGCAAAACUCGAAGCGGCGACAGACUGUAUUCGUCGACGCAGAGAAAAGACACUCGUUUAACUUCUCAGGUACUUUAGCUGAGUAUGGCUCUCAAAGGACCAAGGUUGGAGUUACAUCAACGCAGUAUGACGCCGAAUCUGCCGGAUUUAGAUUACGCGUCGCCUGCUUCCAUGGCUGGCUUACGCUGCUUAUCCACCCAAUCUGUUGUCACAGGCGUGAUUACACAGAUGCCAAAUGCUAGGUAUGCAGGUACGGUGUCGAACUAAGGACCUGAAGACGGCAGAAGGCGGUACUCUGAAAAUUCCCAGCCAAGCCUUCACCCAGUUCGCCGCCUAGGCUCGGCGGGACCGAUCGAUGGCAGCCCUACCUCGAACCGUCCGACCAGCACAUUUCAAGGUGCAGUUCCGCGAUACUCGUUUCCU